CAUGUUAAUUUACUUCGUUAGAGGAGAGUUUCCAUGGUCUAAUGUCAAGGCUAUCGAUAAAGAUGAUAAGUAAGAUCAAAUACUAUAAGUUAAAACGGGAAUUCCACUCAUUUCUCUUUGUUUCAACUUGCCAAAAGUAUUCAUUUUGUUAAAUAAUAAUUUCAAGUGUUUUAUACAUUACUUCUAGCAUGUGAAGUCAUUAUUGUUUCAGCAAUAGCCCAAUUAUUCUCAUUUGAGAAAUCUAUUUGAAAAAUAACCCUAAGAUUAUGACCAUCAACUUUAUGAUUGGGAAAUUAAAUAGAUGGAAAUGCAAACGCAAGAUAUCCUAAUUGAUCCCCAUUCCAUUCCAAACAUUAGAUUAUAAUCGGAAAAAGACUUUGUUCCUCCGGUUGAUGAGGAAAGAGAAGUUUUCCAUUUAGAAUAAGAGAAUCAACACAAUGUUAAAUUCAUGAAAUAAUUACACGAAAAAUACUUUGAUCAUUCUACUUACAAAUAAUAGGAUGAACUCUAAUUGUAAAAAAACACAUCUAUUGAACCUUAGAGUUAAGCUACAAGCAAAUAAAAUAAUUAUUAAAUUAGCAAUCACACUUUAAUUCAAGUUAAAUCUCAACCUUAAAUUAAUAACAAUCCUAACUAAUUCACAAAAAGAAAAGAUUCGAAAUCUUACACCUCCUUUAAGCAAAGUUAGGAACACAAAGAAAAUAGAAAAUUUCGACAAUCUAAUGAUGAUUACGAUUUGGAUAUGGCCAAUGAUGAUGGACCUAACUUAGACUUAAAGAAUCUCGAAGUCACUUACUUUUUAAAAUGA